AUGCUACGCUAUCUUCUAGGUCGUCGGCCACAAGAAUAUAUAUUUCCAAAGGUGGACCCAGAUCAAGAUGGUCCAGACUGCUUGAAAGACUGUGCAGACUGUACUGCCCAUUACCCAUCCAACAUCAAAAUUGAAUCCUCAACACAAUUAUACGGUAGAGUGAAAGAGUUUCACUCCCAUGUCCUGAUUGCUACAGGCCGUUCUGAUUGGAAGCAAAAUGUCGAAUGGGAGAAAGGGAGUCUAAUGGAGGCAUUUGAUCGGUCUUCAGCAAAGUCUGAACGAGGUCGCUUCAUGGUCUCAGCAUCCAAUAUUCAACCGCCAGACCACCCUGUCUCUGAACCAGAUAGUCCAACAUCAGCUCUCAUUCUACCAUCUUUCACAUACGUCGACAAUGUCACUCAGACAGAUGUACCAGACCUAGUGAAACGAUAUAUCGACAACCAUGAUGAAGCCGGCAAUGAGGAUGUCACAUCUACAGGCAUGACCGUCCGACCUUGUGAAUUAGACUACGUGAUCCUAUUGUGUUCACACAAACGCCGAGAUGCACGCUGUGGAAUCACAGCCCCGUUGAUCAAACGCGAACUAGAACGUCAUCUGCGACCAUUGGGCUUGCAGCGCGACAGCGACGACUCACGCCCUGGUGGCGUAGGUGUCUUUUUCGUGUCGCAUGUCGGAGGGCACAAAUUCUCUGCAAAUGUGCUUAUUUAUCGAAAGAAGGAGCAGCAGAUGAUUUGGUUGGCGCGUGUUCAACCCGGUCACUGUGAGGGUUUGGUCAAGUAUACCCUAUUGCAAGGGAAGGUCGUUGAUCCUGAAACACAGUUGAGAGGUGGAUUUGACAGAGAAAAGGGAUUGACGAGCUGGUAA